ACAAUUCUUUGCCGGAUAAUUGUCAUCCAAAAUGUCAGCUCCCGUGGAGCUCGUGCAUCGGGGUGAAUACAUGUAAAGUACUUUGUUUUCAUUCUGUUUUCAUCGUUCACCAAGGCUCCGCUGCCAUGACAGCAGCAGUCUGCGCACAGUGCAGCGCAGCGAGCUAACGCUAGCUAGCAUUUGCUCAUCAUGCUGUGAGUCUCCUGCUGAACGAAGACAUGUUGUUGUCCGUGCUGUCUCCUGUAUGGAGGAGAGGUGCUCCUCACGUCACACUGUGCAGAAGGAGGACACCAGAGCACAGUGUGAGCUACACAGUGUGGAGACACCGCUGGAUGAAGACACUUCCUGUGUCCUCCAGCUGCUGCAGGAGGAGCAGCACACAAACACACAAGGAGAACAUCGACCUGUCCAAGUUCCCUGUGGACAGAAUCAGGAACUUCUGCAUCAUCGCCCACAUUGAUCAUGGAAAAAGCACCCUGGCUGACAGACUGCUUGAGAUGACUGGUGCCAUCGUGAAGACUGAGAAGAACAAACAGGUGCUGGACAAGCUUCAGGUGGAGCGAGAGAGGGGGAUCACAGUGAAGGCCCAGACGGCCUCAUUGUUUCACAGCCACCAGGGGCAGCAGUAUCUCCUGAACCUCAUUGACACACCGUCACCGCCGGAUUGGUUCCCUGUGACCAUUACAGGAUAA